CUUCCUCUGCCGCUCUCGCUCACCCAUCGCCUCGUCCCUGAAGCAGCAGUGCUGGGGCCCUGCUCUUCCUCUGAUGACCCCCUCUCCCCUUUGACCCGCCCGUAAUCUUUCUCCAGUAGCGCAUGACCUCUGGGCUGAACUCUGUGCUCCUUUUUUGAGCACCCGUCUCUGGAGGCUUUAACAUUUCUUGGGUUGUGUUUGAACUUAGAGGAUUUUCCUUUCUGCAAGGGGGGAGAAGGCGCCGGUGGUUUUGCACGCCACAUCAUUUCAAUGGAAUGUGGGCCAGGAGGAUUCCUUUGAAAAGGCUUGGAAACUGCCCGUGUGUCUUUACAACCAGGUCUCCGUUUCUGUGGUCAAGAUUUCUCCAUAUGCCACCAAGGACGGUGUCUCCGCCGCGCACCAGCUGGGCCAUUCCCUCGGCUUCGCCCACGAUGACCUCCCGAGAGGAGACGGCCGGUUGUGCGAAUGCAACUCGGCCUCCCAGGCUGGCCACUGCCUCAUGCACUCGACCAUGGCGGAGCGCUACAGGCUGAGUAACUGCAGCAAGGACACGUAUUUCGGGUUCAUAGAAAACCAAGGGAGAAACUGUUUCCUGAAUUUGCCCAAGGACGUCUCCGAGAUCAAGAUGUGCGGGAACGGCGUGGUGGAGAGCGGCGAGCAGUGUGACUGUGGUACGGACGAGGCAUGCAGAAUCAAUGGCUGUUGCCAGAAUGACUGCCAACUGAAGCCCGGCGCCAGCUGCUUUCAGGGACUCUGUUGCCAAGGCUGCAAGUUUUUAAAGGAAGGAACGGCAUGCCGGGAGGCCACCUCUGACUGCGACCUCACCGAAUACUGUUUGGGGAACGCGGACGAUUGCCCACCGAACGUCUUUAAGCAAAACGGGAUGCCCUGCGGCACCAGCAGCAGCUGCUAUUCAGGGGCGUGCCUUGACAUCCACCAGCACUGCAGAACUUUCUUUGGCCAAGCUGCCAAACCUGCUCCGCUCAGUUGCUACAAGGAAGUGAACGUGCUAGGGGACCGGACCGGCAACUGCGGCCAGGAUAAAUCUGGAUACAAGAAGUGCCCAGAAAAAGAUGCAUUUUGUGGAAGGCUCCAGUGCACCAACGUCCAUAAAGUCCCCAGACUCCCCAGAGGCUACUCCAUACUUCAGACUCCAAUAAACGAUGUUCUGUGCUGGAGCAUCGUCUUUCACAAGCAAGACAAUGCGCACGAUGACGGAACAGCGAAAGAUGGAGCUUCGUGUGGUCCCAACAAGAUAUGCAUAAACCGAUCAUGUGUUGACAUGACAAUUCUGAAUUAUGAUUGUGAUUUUUCAAAAUGUAACAACCAGGGGGUCUGCAACAGUAAAAGGAAUUGCCACUGCAGCUAUGGAUGGGCCCCUCCUCAUUGCAGCGGCCGGGGGUUCGGAGGAAGCAUCGACAGCGGCCCCCCUCCUGAGCGCACGAAAUCGAAGAAAACAUUAAUGCUCGGUUCGAUUAUUGGAGUAGCUUUGCUUCUCUUGGCCCUUACUGCAAUGCUUAAGCGGUUCCUACCAUCUUGGAUUAGGUACGGAGGGUUGCUGAAGCGAAAGGUAUCUCCACAACCCAUGGAUUCUGCUUUCGAAAGUACCGGGUCGGCGGAGGGAUCGAUCGAAGCAUCAACCGAAGGGUCCGCCGAGAGAGAACCGCCCGCGGGCCGGAUCUGAAGCGGGAUCGCUUGGUGUGUCGGCAGACUUUUUUGAUGGCCACCUCCACCUUCAAACACAGCAUCCCUCUUCGCCGGGUGCGUCUCAGCCCCGAACUGCUCCUGGGCUCCAGAACGAAACGUGCAUGAAAUAUUAGCCUCAGACACCUUCUCCCGAGUCGCUUGCUUCUUUCCGCCCGCCUCCCGCUCCCCCGGGGGCCAAGGGCCAAAGAGGG